UCGGCGUUUGUUAUACUGGGCAUGGUGGGUGUGGUGUGGGGCGGCUUCCCCGUUGUGACCCCCACCGUGGGUCAGGUCUGGCCUCUCCCGCAGAUGACUGUUUCCCAGGACACCUACAUGGUCGUCAGACCUGAUACCUUCAAGUUCGACACUACAGGUUACGACUGUGACAUCCUGCAGGAAGCUAUUAAAAGAUACAUCAGUAUCAUCUUCCCCUCGUCUGACGUCAUGAAGAAAGGUAAAAAGCAGCCGUGGCGUAAGGACGCAGGUUUCGUUAGCUACUUAGACAGCCUGCAGGUGAACCUCAUGGCUGAAUGUGAAGAUUAUCCUCACCAGAACAUGGACGAACACUACCAGAUCAAGAUUGACAGUCCUGACGCUCCGGCAGUAGGUAGCCUAGACUCUCAGAGCAUUUGGGGUAUCCUGAGGGGACUAGAGACAUUCUCCCAGCUGCUGAUACCUGAUGGUUCAGCGUAUAUUAUUAACUCCACUCAGAUUAUGGACUACCCCAGAUUUACCUUCAGAGGCCUGAUGCUGGACACAGCUCGACACUUCCUGCCAUUAAACAAGAUCGAGGAGACGCUGGACUUAAUGGCUAUGAACAAGUUCAAUGUCUUCCAUUGGCACAUCGUGGAUGACCAGAGCUUCCCUUAUGUCAGUGCUGCCUUCCCUGACCUCAGUAAGAAUGGUGCCUACAGUCCCAUCCACGUGUACACUGCUGAGGACGUGGCCAGCGUGGUAGAGUAUGCCAGGCUCAGGGGCAUCCGAGUCCUUCCAGAGUUUGACACUCCAGGUCACACACAGUCGUGGGGCCCUGGUAAGCCUGGUCUACUUACACCAUGUUACAGUGAAUCGGUUCCGGAUGGAACUUUCGGUCCAAUUGAUCCAACUAACAACAACAAUUACGACUUCCUAAAGGAGUUCCUCACUGAGGUGACAAGCCGCUUCCAUGACCACUACGUUCAUCUAGGUGGUGAUGAGGUCAGCUUCAACUGCUGGAAGAGCAAUCCGAAUAUCACAGAGUUCAUGGCUGCCCAUAACAUUAGUGGUCAGUACAAGAAGCUGGAAGAAAUUUAUAUUAACCAACUUCUUAAAAUCGUUGCCAAUCUUCCCACUAAAAAUGGGUACCUAGUGUGGCAGGAAGUGUUUGACAAUGGCAUAGACAUUGCUAAUGACACCAUUGUUCAUGUAUGGAAAAAUGAAAACACUCCCGCGCUGUGGAAGGUAGAACUGAAUCAGGUGACCUCUGCAGGUUACCACACCGUCCUGUCCUCGUGCUGGUACCUCAACUACAUCAACUAUGGAGUAGAUUGGUACAAGUACUAUGAAUGUGAUCCGCAGGAUUUUGAUGGCACUUAUGAUCAGAAACAGUUGAUCUUAGGUGGAGAGGCAUGUAUGUGGGCGGAGUAUGUAGACCGCACUAACCUCAUCUCUCGCACCUGGCCACGGGCAUCCGUAGUGGCAGAGAAACUCUGGAGUUCAGUUAAUCACACCAACAGCACCAGCGAGGCCUCACCCAGGCUUGAGGAACAUCGCUGUAGACUGCUUGCCAGAGGCUAUGAUGUUGAGCCUUUCUGGCCUUCUUUCUGUAGUGCUGAUUUAAGUUAAAAUCUAAAAAAAAAAAUAUCCAUAUCCCUCCCCUCACUAACACCAAUAAAAAUUAUUCAAUGUGAUAUUAAUUCUUUCCCAUAGAGGAAGUAUAACUAUUUGCUCAAAGCCCGGGGAUACUGCGUAGAAUUUUUGUUAUGAAGUUGUAAGGUAGGUAUACCUUUUCUAUAAUGUGCUAGUAAAACUAAUGUAGCCUUUGUUGUACUAAUACUACUAACUCCUUAAAACGAUAAUUAGCUAUAUAAGUAAUACAGUAUUUUCGGAAGAUAAAUAGUCGAACCUCUUAAAUCUGGACUUAAUGGGACCGAGAGUUUUCCAAUAUAAUAGCUACUGUAUAAUGAAGAGUGACAGUAGUAUUGUGGAGCAUGUAUUGUAUCCCACAUGGAUGACAGUAGAUUGUAUCCCACAUGGAUGACAGUAGAUUGCAUCCCACAUGGAUGACAGUAGAUUGUAUCCCACAUGGAUGACAGUAGAUUGUAUCCCACAUGGAUGACAGUAGAUUGUAUCCCACAUGGAUGACAGUAGAUUGUAUCCCACAUGGAUGACAGUAGAUUGUAUCCCACAUGGAUGACAGUAGAUUGUAUCCCACAUGGAUGACAGUAGAUUGUAUCCCACAUGGAUGACAGUAGAUUGCAUCCCACAUGGAUGACAGUAGAUUGCAUCCCACAUGGAUGACAGUAGAUUGUAUCCCACAUGGAUGACAGUAGAUUGUAUCCCACAUGGAUGACAGUAGAUUGUAUCCCACAUGGAUGACAGUAGAUUGUAUCCCACAUGGAUGACAGUAGAUUGUAUCCCACAUGGAUGACAGUAGAUUGUAUCCCACAUGGAUGACAGUAGAUUGCAUCCCACAUGGAUGACAGUAGAUUGCAUCCCACAUGGAUGACAGUAGAUUGUAUCCCACAUGGAUGACAGUAGAUUGUAUCCCACAUGGAUGACAGUAGAUUGUAUCCCACAUGGAUGACAGUAGAUUGUAUCCCACAUGGAUGACAGUAGAUUGUAUCCCACAUGGAUGACAGUAGAUUGUAUCCCACAUGGAUGACAGUAGAUUGUAUCCCACAUGGAUGACAGUAGAUUGCAUCCCACAUGGAUGACAGUAGAUUGCAUCCCACAUGGAUGACAAUAGAUUGUAUCCCACAUGGAUGACAGUAGAUUGUAUCCCACAUGGAUGACAGUAGAUUGUAUCCCACAUGGAUGACAGUAGAUUGUAUCCCACAUGGAUGACAGUAGAUUGUAUCCCACAUGGAUGACAGUAGAUUGUAUCCCACAUGGAUGAAGUAGAUUGUAUCCUACAUGGAUGACAGUAGAUUGUAUCCCACAUGGAUGGCAGUAGAUUGUUCCCCACAUGGAUGACGGUAGAUUGUAUCCCACAUGGAUGACAGCAGACUGUAUCCCACAUGGAUGACAGUAGAUUGUAUCCCACAUGGGAGUCAGUAGGUUGUAUCCCACAUGGAUGACAGUAGAUUGUGUCCCACAUGGAUGACUAGAUUGUAUCCCACAUGGGAGUCAGUAGAUUGUAUCCCACAUGGGUGACAGUAGAUUGUAUCCCACAUGGAUGACAGUAGAUUGUAUCCCACAUGGAUGACAGUAGAUUGUAUCCCACAUGGAUGACAGUAGAUUGUAUCCCACAUGGAUGACAGUAGAUUGUAUCCCACAUGGAUGACAGUAGAUUGUUCCCCACAUGGAUGACGGUAGAUUGUAUCCCACAUGGAUGACAGUAGAUUGUAUCCCAGAUGGAUGACAGUAGAUUGUAACCCACAUGGAUGACAAUAGAUUGUAUCCCACAUUGAUGACAGUAGAUUGUUCCCCACAUGGAUGACGGUAGAUUGUAUCCCACAUGGAUGACAGUAGAUUGUAUUCCAGAUGGAUGACAGUAGAUUGUAUCCCACAUGGAUGACAGUAGAUUGUAUUCCAGAUGGAUGACAGUAGAUUGUAUCCCACAUGGAUGACAGUAGAUUGUAUCCCACAUGGAUGACAGUAGAUUGUAUCCCACAUGGAUGACAGUAGAUUGUAUCCCACAUGGAUGACAGUAGAUUGUAUCCCACAUGGAUGACAGUAGAUUGUAUCCCACAUGGAUGACAGUAGAUUGUAUCCCAGAUGGAUGACAGUAGAUUGUAUCCCACAUGGAUGACAGUAGAUUGUAUCCCACAUGGAUGACAGUAGAUUGUUUCCCACAUGGAUGACGGUAGAUUGUAUCCCACAUGGAUGACAAUAGAUUGUAUCCCAGAUGGAUGACAAUAGAUUGUAUCCCACAUGGAUGACGGUAGAUUGUAUCCCACAUGGAUGACAGUAGAUUGUAUCCCAGAUGGAUGACAAUAGAUUGUAUCCCACAUUGAUGACAGUAGAUUGU